AUGACGGAUGCCCCUCCAAGCAAGCGACCGCGAUUCACUCACCAUGGGGCGGCAUCCGACGACUUGCUCUCGCCCUUUCUUCCCACUCCAACAACGGAGAGCCAGCCAGGAGCCGCGGGCAAUGGCCUCAACAACAUAGACCCGUUCCUGUCCCCUGCAACAAGCUGGGGGAUCGAUGAAUUUUCGCUUGAUCCCAGCUACCUAGCUUCCCAAGAGGAGCUACGGUCCCUGCUGUUCACCACAGCCCGUUCUACCGCCCCUACUCGUGCUGGGACUCCAGUGGGCGCGGAAGAAAGUGGCAGUGGCGCAACUUUCAACAUCAAGCAAGUGCUAGCUAAAGGUCGACGCGUUCAGUAUCUGAAGAACUAUAUCUCGCAUGUGGCACCUUGGCUUGACAUGUUCGAUAGUAAUCGCGCAUUUGGGAUCCAGCUUCCAGCCUUAGCGAAACAGUCGCCUCCCCUGCUAUACGCCAUCUUAGCCAUUGGGGCGCGGCAGCUCGAGCGCAAGGAGAAAACCCAGGUAUCCUUCGAUAGCUUAGAGCUGUAUCAGGAGGCUAUCCGGCUCCUUACUCCACUCCUCCAAACUCGCGACACCCAGGUCAUUGCCGCUUGUGUUAUCCUGUGUUGCCUGGAAAUGUUCACCGCUAGUGCGCAGGAUUGGCGGCGUCACCUCGAAGGUUGUGCUGCAGUAUUUGAUGCUUUUGGCGUCAACGGCUUCAGUGGUGAUAUUCUCCAGGCUGUCUUCUGGUGCUAUGCUCGAAUGGACGUCUGCGGUGCACUCAUUUCGGACGGCGCCGAAGGCACGCUCUUGAAACCUUGCAAAUGGCUCCCACCAGACACCCCAGAGGACUUUGCUGAAUCAUUGUUCCGGCACACCUCUUCACCAGACAUGUACGCAAACUUUUCAGUUUACCUCUGCGCCAGAACCUGCGAACUCAUCUCCGAUCGCAACAAGUAUGUCGAACUCGGAGAAGAGAAUGGGUGCGACGAUGCCUAUUUUCGGGACCGUUGGAUUCGAUUAUGGGAUCUGCUUGCGAAUUGGGCGCUUUCCCGCCCUAAUGAAAUGCUGCCCGUCAAAACCACUACAACAUCCCCAUUUCCCCAUAUCUUUUUCGCUCAUUGGGCGGCGAUAUCGUCAAACCAGCUAUACCACACGUCGUGCAUACUUCUCCUCAGCUCCAACCCCAAACAAAAGGCCAUGCUCGGAUCGUCCCCUAUCGCGUCCGUGUUCUGGCACGCGAAGAGGAUCUGUGGUAUUUCUCUAGCCAACCCUCACGAAGGCUGCUUAAACAACGCCAUCCAGCCACUUUGGAUCGCUGGACGGCUUCUUAGUCACAGCUCAGAGCAGGCUUUGGUCGUCAAGACUAUCCGCCAUAUUGAGGCCCUGACCGGAUGGACCGCCUGCUGGCGUGUUCGGGAUCUGGAGAACGUCUGGGGUUAUAAGAUCCGGGCGGAAGAGUGA